GGCACCCGCCCUCCCCCGCGGGGUCUUCCGGCUGCCGCGCGUGCGGAGCUUCCUUUCUCAGCGGACAUCUUGGGAGCAGCAGCAGCCGCAGCAUGCCGCCCAAAGAUGAUAAGAAGAAGAAGGACGCCGGCAAGUCCGCCAAGAAGGACAAGGAUCCGGUCAACAAGUCGGGUGGAAAGGCCAAGAAAAAGAAGUGGUCCAAGGGGAAAGUGAGAGACAAGUUGAACAACCUUGUGCUAUUUGACAAGGCCACCUACGACAAGCUGUGCAAAGAGGUGCCCAACUACAAACUCAUCACGCCAGCGGUGGUCUCAGAGAGACUGAAGAUUCGAGGCUCUCUGGCCAGGGCUGCUCUGCAGGAACUGCUUGGUAAAGGUUUGAUCAAACUGGUGUCGAAGCACCGAGCCCAAGUGAUCUACACCAGAAACACAAAAGGUGGAGAUGCUCCUGCUGCAGGGGAGGACGCUUAGGAAGGUUCUCCAGCAACCUCCUCAGCAACGUCUUAUACAGAUGCAUACAAUAAAAUUAUUGAAAUAAUUA